GGAAAAAUGUGGGUUUGGGAGCAGCUUGAGCGUGGUAGGGAACUCUUGCUCUUAGGAAAUAACUAUAAUAAUCUGGUUUUUCUUUUUGAUAGGAAUCUGUGAUUACAGGAGCGAAGGCUGAGUGAAUGUUUCUUAAAAUAAAUCCCAAACAAUGCACAGACAACCCAAGAGUCCCCUGAAAGUUAAAGAAAACGAGGGUGGUUGUCUUGAAGAGAAAGAUGAGGCCUCUUUCCCUCUGCCAAAAGACCAGAAGAUCUGCAAAGGGACUAAAUUCAGAGUCAUCAGAGCGUCCAAGAAGGAGAAUUUGAGCGAUGGGAACCAGGCCUGGUCACCCAAACGUGCCCUGAAAUCCCCCAAAGGCCUCGGGGAGGAAUUGUCCCACCCCGAGGGGGAUCCCAGGAGCUGCCCCUUCCCUGGGGGCUGUUGUGGUGUCCUCCAAGGGGAUGUGGGCAGUGAACCCACCUUGCCUUUGAACAGGGAGGAGGAUUUUCCAGGCAGCAGGUCUGGUUCCUUGGGGAGUGAUUCCUGCUCCACUCCUGAGAGGGACAAAGCUGAAGGAAAACCUGAUUUGGGGACAUCUGAAGAGCUGAGGGAAAACCCCGUUGAUUUUGCUACUGUGACAAUUACUGAGUUUGGGAUUGCUCCAGAAAGUUUCACCAAACGAUGUAAAGGGAGUUCUCCCACCUCGCUGAAGUUCCGGCGCAGAUCGACCAUCGGCUUGCGGGGCUCCCCGGAGAACAACUCCCUGAUCCGCUACCUGGCCCAGCAGAGAGGCAAGAGGCAAAAAGAACCUUUUACACAGAUCAGUCCUUUUAAACAUGUGAAUGUCAGGUCGUUGAAGGACAAGAUUGAAACCUUUCAAACAUCUUUUGAAUCCCUCCAAGAAGCUGAAGGAGAAACUGGACUCUCUGGGCUGUCCCACGGGGAUGAUUCUCAGGAAGGAGGCUCUUCUCAGAACAAAGUGCCUUUUAAAAAGGAGCCAGACCUGGAGCAGUGGAGUGAAAAGUUCCUGUUGGACAACAGUGGAGCUGAUUUGAAAGAGAAUUUUUGCAGGGAAAACGUGACCAGGAGCAGUAAAUGUGACCCCAGGAUCUGCAGCAUCUUGUCUCCAAACCCAACUGUGACUGAACCUGCUGCUCUACAGGAAUGGGUUUAUGGGCAAAAAAAUCCUUCUGAGUCCUUGGAGACUGUUGCAAUUGGAGAUCCCUUGGAAAGAGGCCAUGUUUUCAGGUCUGAGCCCACCCCUGCUGACAGCAGAAGUGAUGUUCUCUCGGCUCUGAGCAGGAAGAAGGUUGCUUUUGUGGCAGGACUGAGCCUGGGAAUGCUGGAGGAAAGCAAAGCCCUCGUCACCCCCCCUGCCACCCCACGACAAGCAGGCACCGUUCCCUUCAGCGACCUCACCCAGAGCAGCUCCCUGAGGUCCAUCCUGAAGAAAACCCCCAUGAGGCAACUCCUGGGCAGCCCAAAGGAAUACUUGAAUGAUGCAGUUGGCAGAGGAGGAGGGGAACCUGUCUCAGUCUCCUACUAUGAAAAAACCUUUGAAGCAUCAGAAACAGAGAACACUGAAAAUCUCGACCUCAAAACGCCCAAGAAGAAAAAAGUGACUUUUGGAGAAGUUCUGAGCCCUGAAAUAUUCGACCAGACCUUGCCUGCAAACACCCCCCUGCGCAGAGGAGCCUCCCCAGGCCUGAGCUCCAGCCCUUCCCCAAGGCCAGGCUUAACUGCAGAACCUUUACCCAGGCUGGAGUUUGGCUGUGAGGAUGAAUGUGUUGAGCCUCCCCAAGAUUUCCUGGAGAGUUCCUUUGCUGCAGAAGACCCUCCACCUGUUGAAAAUGCAGAAGAACCAACUGACAAAGCUGACAUGGUAAAAACUCGUUCUUCUGCUAAAAGGAAGCACAGGGCUGAGUCAGAGCAGGCUGAUGGCAAACCCUCAGGAGCCACCACCACCAGGAAUGCUGAAGGCACUAAAAAUCCAAGGAGGAACAAGAUCCCACGCCAGAAGAAUCCACCCACAUCUGCUCCCAAAAAACCACAGAGAUCAAGACAAACAAGCUACGGGAAAAGAAGAAAGAGAAAAGUGAAAAAAUCUCUAUAUGGGGAAAGAGAGAUGGCUUCUAAGAAACCCCUUCUCAGCCCUAUCCCUGAAAUUCCAGAGGAUUUCUCUUCUGUCUCAUCUCCAGACUCACCAAAGGCAGAGGGGCUUUUUUCAGAGGAUGCAGCUGCAGAUAAUCCUAAAUCCUGGAAUGCCUGUGAGGAUGUCCAGGAGGAGGUGGUGGUUGAAGGGGUGAGAGGGAAGAGCAUCAUCCAUGCAGGGGAUGUGGAUCCAAGCUCCAAGGACCUGGAUGUGGCAGCUCCUGGCAGCUCCAGGGAUGGGGCCCCUCAGGUGUCCCAGGAGGACCUGGAGGCUCCUUCUGGCACUGAGCAGGAGGUUUCAAACGUCGUGCCAGAUGCAGAGGGUGGUUUUGGUACAUCUGAGGGUUUCCAGCAAGGUGAAGAUGAAGCAAAGGAGAGUAGUUCCUUGACAGAAAAUGAGCAACUAGAAGGAAAUCUCCUGGGAUUUCUGGAACAACAGGCCACUGAUGUACACGAGGGUGCCCAGAGAACUCAGUGCCCUCAGCCAGGUUCUGUAAGUGGUAGCCCAGCAAGAGGAAGAAGAAGAAGAAGCAGCAGUGCCAUCUACUUUCCUCCUGUUGAAAACUUGGAAAUGACUGGAAUGGACCUGCCAGUGUCAUCUUAUAACGUGGAAGAAGUUUUGUGUGUUCCCAAAAGCUCCUUCCAGCCUUCCCGAAGGAAGGGCAGCGCCGGCGGCGAGACCAGAGUGCGGCGCAGCAUGAGGCUCAGGAGAGAGGCAGGAACUGAGGGACUUGCAUGGAUUCAGCUCCCCAGGGAGCUCCCAGAGCAGCCUCCCCUGCCAGCUCCCGCUCCCAAAUCCAGGAGGAGAGUCAGCACAUCCAUCCUGGUGGGGGCUGAGAACGUUCAACCCCGAGAGCAGAGCCCCGGCCUGUUCCCAGCCCUGGGGAAGGAGAACGAGGACUCUGCUCGUUGUGCCCACGGGCCUGGCAGGAGGAGGAGGAGGAGAAGUGCACCCACACCUCCAGAAACUCCUUGGGCUCAAACCCAGAAAAGGAGAAUCACAAAUUCUGUAAAUAAGAAGGACAGAAAUAACACCAAACACUCAGAAGAAGCAGAAAAACCUCCCGAGGACACUCAGCGAGGUUUCAGCUGUCUCUGAUUUUCUGAAGUGAAGAUGAAUAUUAGAGUCUUAUGUUCUGUCCAAGUGCUGUUUUCUCCUCUCUUCCACUUUUAUUCCCUUAUUAAUUUUCUGGUUAACUUAGAGCUAAUUUUCCAUGUCUUGAGGCCUAAAAUGCUUGAAGAUCAGACCUGUGGGGAAGACUGGCUUGGCUCAGGGGGUUGAUCUGGUACAGCUGUGGCAGGUAAUCAAGAGAAUAAAAAAUUCUUCA